GGACUGCAGGAGCUGCAGUGCGUGCGAGGGUUUUCCAGCCUCUUACUUGAGUGGCAACCGUUCCUUGGCUGAGUGGGAUGUUCCAGUACUUAUUUUUCUCUAUCUGCUUUGUUGUCCAGUUGCAGCCAGUGUCUUCGAUGGCUCUGGACCCCUGCUCUGCCUACAUCAGCCUCAACGAGCCCUGGAGGAACACGGAGCACCAGAUCAACGCCUCGCACGGGCAGCCCGCCUGCGAUGGGCAGAUGGCCGGCGAGUGGUACCGCUUCACGGGCAUGGCCGGCGACGCCAUGCCCACCUUCUGCAUCGCCGAGAACCACUGCGGCACCCACGCGCCCAUCUGGCUCAACGGCAGCCACCCGCGCGAGGCCGACGGCGUCGUGGCGCGCCAGGCGUGCGCCAGCUUCAACGGCGACUGCUGCCUGUGGAACAGCACCGUGGACGUGAAGGCCUGUCCGGGAGGCUACUACGUGUACCGCCUGGGCAAGCCCAGCGUCUGCUUCCACGCCUACUGCGGCCAUUUCUACGACAUUUGCGAUGUGGUGGAUUGCCAGGGCUCCUGCUUGGAUACCAAUGACUGCACUUGUUCCCCAGGGACGACGCUGGGACCCGAUGGACAGACCUGUCUUGAUGAGAACGAGUGUGAGCAGGGGAACGGAGGCUGCAGCGAGCUGUGCGUUAACCUGAAGAACUCCUACCGCUGCGAGUGCGGCAUCGGGCGCACGCUGGGGCGCGACGGGAAAGCCUGCGAAGAAAUUGAAGGCUGUCACAACAACAACGGAGGCUGCAGCCAUAGCUGCGUGGAAGUGGGAGACUCGUACCAGUGCGAGUGUCCGCGGGGACUGGUGCUGUCCGAAGAUAAUCACACUUGCCAAGUUCCAGUGCUGUGCAAGUCUAGCUCUAUUGAGGUGAGCAUCCCAAAGGACCUGGUCGGAGGCCUGGACCUCUCCCUCAUUAACACUUCCUGCAAAGGAGUAUCCAACGGCACCCACGUCAACAUCCACUUCUCCCUGAAGUCCUGCGGCACUAUCGUAGACGUCAUCAAUGACAAAAUCAUUGCCACCAACCUGGUGACAGGCCUGCCGAAGCAGACGCCGGGCAGCAACGGGGACAUCAUCGUCCGCACCAGCAAGCUGCUGAUCCCGGUGACAUGCGAGUUCCCGCGCCGCUACACCAUCUCCGAAGGCUACGUGCCCAACCUCAGGAACUCCCCCUUGGAAAUCAUGGGCCGCAACCAAGGCGUCUUCCCCUUCACUCUGGAGAUCUUCAAAGACAAGGAGUUUGAGGAGCCGUACAGGGACUCCCUUCCCACCCUCAAGCUUCGGGACUCGCUGUAUUUCGGCAUCGAGCCCUUGGUACAUGUCAGUGGCCUGGAGACCCUGGUCGAGAGCUGCUUUGCCACCCCCACCUCAAAAAUUGAUGAGAUCUUGAAGUACUACCUGAUUCAAGAUGGCUGCGUUUCUGAUGAGUCAGUGAAACAGUACACGUCCAAGGACCAUCUUGCCAAGCACUUCCAGGUCCCCGUCUUCAAGUUCGUGGGCAAAGACAACAAGGAGGUUUUCCUGCACUGCCGCAUCCUCGUGUGCGGGGCGCUGGACGAGAGCUCCCGCUGCGCCCAGGGCUGCCGCAGGCGGAUGCGCAGGGCAGCCCUCGCGGAGGACGAGGAGGAGGAGGCACCCGGCCAUGUAGCGAACCACCUCCUCACGGGGGGUCCCAUCAGGAUUGACGUGGACGAUUAA